AAACAAACAAAAUAAUCAGAGGAGAAUAAAGAGUUCACUGAAAUGUGAGAAUGGCCAAUUCUUUAAGAGGUGAAGUGUUGAAUCUAUACAAAAAUCUGCUGUACCUUGGAAGGGAGUAUCCCAAAGGAGCUGACUACUUUAGAAGGCGUUUGAAAGCAUCUUUUCUCAAAAAUAAAGAUGAGAAAGAUCCUGAAAAAAUUAAGCAGCUAAUUGCACGAGGAGAAUUUGUUAUAAAAGAGCUGGAGGCUUUGUACUUUCUCAGAAAAUACAGAGCUCUGAAACAGCGCUACUACAGUGAUGAUGAUCAGUAACUG